GAUUUGACUAACCAACCGAUAAACAUGGCUGCCCCUUCUUGAUCCAGGGCUGCCUCCUCCUUCUCCUCCUUCUUCUUCUUCUUCUUCUUCCAUGUCAAUGGAGAUUCGGAGCAGCCACCACCACGAGGAGGCGACCGGAAAUCUAAUGAGGCCGGGAUCAGAAUACCCGCCGGGAAUGCAGCGAGGAGGAGCACCUGCGACUGCGACGCACCGGCGGCAGUUCCAGCCCAUUCCGGCGCCCUUCAUGUCAUUCAGGCCGCCCACCUCCAGCACGCCCAUGACGAUGCCACAUCAUCAUCAGGGGCAGCUCCGGUUCCACGGCCACCACGGCGGAUCCAGGCCGUUUCACCAGCCGCCGCCGGGGGCCAACCCAGGUGCCGCCGAUGGCGUCGCGUCCACAACUCACCAGCGUUUCACCGCAAUGAGCGCCGCGUCCAGGUCUGCGGUUGGCGUCUACGCCCCAAGCCGGCGCAUAUGGAAUCCAAAGUCAACACUGAUGACCAUGUUCUACAACGGCGCCGUCAACGUGUUCGACGUCCCGGUGGACAAGGCCCAAGAGAUUAUGGUUUUAGCAAGCAGGGCAUCUGUUUCAACCCCACCGAGACCCACUGAAAUUCAGAAACCAGACUUCCAUGUCCCUGGCAAUACCAGAUUUGCAGUGCCCGACCCGAGGAAGACCUUUGCAACUCAUGUAUCCACCAUUUCAAGUCGAAUCCCCGCUGUACCACAAGCUCCGAUGCUCUCCAAGAGCACGCCGCCAGGCUACCAAAAUUACGCUCCUGAUCCGACAACAUCUUCAGGCGUACCGUCAUCAGUUGUUCCUCCGGUAUGCCGGGCAUCCUCAGCGCAACCGAUGCAACAAGCAUCUUCAGUUGCCGUCGCAGCAGCCGUUAGGCCAAUAGCUGUCCGUCAAUCUCGGAAAGCAUCUCUUGCCCGAUUCUUGGAAAAGCGAAAAGAUAGAGUUUCAAGUGUCACGCCAUACCAGGUUUCAAAGAGCCCGCUAGAGAGCAGUCGAAGCUUGGGCAGUGCGAGCACUCCAAGCAGGUUAUCUAGUGCAGACAAUGCUCCACCCAGCAACAACUGCCAGGAGUCUAUGAGCUAUGUUAGCAAUGACGCUAUGUCAGCAAUUCCUCAUAGGGUAGUUAUAGAGUUGGAAUGAGAGAGAGACAAAAAAAAAGGUUUGUCUUCUCUUAGUCUUAGCAAAGAGAUGGAUCUUUUUAGAAAGAUAGAUCAAUUUUUCCUAUUGUAUGAGAUUUGUUCUUUUAAUUGCAUAUUCCUUAGUUUAAUUUUUCUCUUAGUCUUAGCAAAGGGACGAUCUUCUUAGAAAGAUAAAUCAAUUUUUUUUGUUGUACGACAUUUGUUCUUUUAAUUGCAUAUUCCUUAGUUUAAUUUUAAUCGCCUUAUAUUUUUAGGAGCAUGGUACCAUUAACAGUU